AUGAAGGCUUCGGUUGCAUUUUCCGUUCUGGUUUCAGCGGCAGCUUCUGCCACCCCUCUGCAGCCUUUGGUGGAACGGCAAGGGAGUACAGGCACAGGCCCGUACCCGGCGAAAUACACCACUGACCCUGGGCUGCCAAACCAUACGAUAUACGUCCCUCAGAACCUCAACGCUGUGAACGGGACGAUGCCUGUGGUUGUGUGGGGCAAUGGUGCCUGCUCUGCAAACGGACUCUCCCAAGCGAAUUUUCUCACGGAGAUAGCGUCCUGGGGCUUCAUAGCCAUUGCUUCAGGAGGUCCAAAUCAGCAAGGCUCGACCACAGCCGCUAUGAUGAAAGCCAGCAUUGAUUUCGCCUCGAGCUCCACGAGUGGAGUGUUCGCCAAGGUCAACAAGAACGCCAUUGCAGCUGCGGGAUGGUCCUGCGGUGGUGUCGAGGCCUACGAGCAGGCUCAGGAUGCAAGAGUCAAAGCACUCGGAAUCUUCAACUCGGGCCAGAUGAGCGAGGAUGGUACGAGGAAGGUUGUUCCGUACAUCAAGGGAAAGCCGGUAUUUUACUUCCUGGGCGGGCCGAGCGACAUUGCAUACAAUAACGGCAUGCGCGACUACAGGGCACUCUCGUCAGGAGUCCCCUCUUGGAAUGGCAAUCUGCCAGUCGGCCACGGCGGGACGUAUGAUCAAGUCAAUGGCGGUAAAUUCGGGAAGGCUGCACAGUUGUACUUCCGCUGGGUGUUGAAGGGCGACACAAGCGUCUCCAGCUUCUUCACCGGAGACGGUGCGAGGGCUGACGGUUGGACGGUUGAGAGAAAGGACUUGGACAAGAUCAAAGUCUAG